AUGCCCCCCGGCGUGCUUCGCGACUACCCGGGUCCCAAGUUUGGCGUCGAGGGCCUGCGCAGGCUGGUGGGCGUCCCCGAGGGCCAGGUGAUGCUCAUGACGGCGCUCAAGCCGAUGGGCAGCUCCACCGCGGAACUCGCGAGGAUGGCGUACGAGUUUGCCAAGGGCGGCAUCGACAUCAUCAAGGACGACCACGGCUUAGCGGACCAGCCGUACUCGCGAUACGACGAGCGCAUCAGGGCGUGCGCCAAAGCCGUGGCGCGCGCCAACGCGGAGACGGGCCGACGAUGCGUAUACGCCCCGUGCGUGUGCGCCCCCGCGCAUCUCGUCAUCUCGCGAGCGCACGCCGCUCGCGACGCCGGCGCAGGCGCGGUGCUGAUGAUCCCCGGGAUCACCGGCAUGGACACCAUGAGGGAACUCGCCGCGGAUACGAGUUUCGGGCUGCCCAUCAUCUGCCACCCGGCGAUGCUGGGCGCGAUGCUCGGCGGCGGGAGCAAGUCGCGCGUGGGGGGUUUCUCGCACGAGGUGUUGCUCGGCGUGCUGCCCCGGCUGGCGGGAGCCGACAUGACCAUCUUCCCGUCGUUCGGUGGAAGGUUCGGGUUCUCGGUGGACGAGUGCAAGGGUAUUUUGCACGGGAGCAGGCGGGAGAUGGGCACGUUCCCCGAGAUCUUCCCCACGCCCGGCGGCGGCAUGACCAUGGAGCGCGUGGCCAAGAUGGUUGAGACGUUCGGCGCAGACAUCUGCCUGCUCAUCGGCGGGUCCCUCAUGGGUCACUCGCCCGAUCUCGUGAGCAACGCGAAGCAUUUCAUGGGCAUCGCCGGUAGGAAGGACCUGUGGGGACCGAAGGAGCAGAUCUCGGGGCACUGA